AUGUCUUCGCCGGUAAACCUUGGCAUCACGCUUUACACCACCCAAACUCCCAAUGGAAACAAAGCCUCCAUCUUACUUGAGGAACUGAACAUCCCCUACCGUGUGCACAAGCACAACUUCAGCGCUCGCACCCACAAGGAACCAUGGUAUCUGAAGAUCAACCCGAACGGCAAGAUCCCCGCCAUCACGGAUACCUUCAGCGACGGGCAGGAGAUCCACAUCUGGGAGUCAGGCAGUGUCCUCAAAUACCUUGUGGAACGGUAUGAUCCGGAGUACCGGCUUUGGUAUCCGCACGGGACCCGGGAGAACUAUGAGCUCUUCAGUUGGCUCUUUUUCCAAAUCGGUGGUAUUGGUCCUUUCCAGGGCCAGGCCACGCAUUUUCUACGACACGUCCCUGAGCGGAUUCCGUAUGCACUGGACCGAUACCAUAAAGAAUCCCGCCGGCUGUAUUCUGUCCUGGAGACGCAGCUUGCGCAGAAACGGCAGGGUUUUAUUGUCGGGGACAAAUUCACUAUCGUGGAUAUCGCAUUUUGGAGCAUUGCAGCCACCGCUCCGUGGGCUGGGGUCGACUUGAGCGAAUUUCCUGCCGUGCAGGAAUGGUAUGAACGGAUCUUGCAACGUCCCAGUGUCAUCAGGGGAAUGAAUGUGCCAGAGCCCCAUGGAGUCAUUGCGCUGGCAGGGGAUCAGACUGGGACCAAGAUCCGAGAGUUUGAGGAGUUCCAUCGCCAGUGGGUGAUGGAUGGGAUGAAGGAGGAUGCGAAGACAUUGGAUGCAGCGAAGGAGAAUUAGCAAUCUGCGUCUUCUGGG